GCAAUUCCAUUUUUCUUCUCUGUAUGGAAAUGCAAUAAAUUCAAAAAAAAUAAAAAAUGAUUCACCUACUUUAUGAUCUGGGUUCUCCUCCUAUUACUCUGUCAGUUCUCUCAUCAGCGAAAGGUGAGAGCUUUGGUGUAUGGGGGAAUGAAAAUGGAAGAGAAUUCUGUGGUUGUUUCUGUUCAAGAAAUGCACCAUCCAUCUCAAACUGAAGUUAAUCAGAAAGAAGAGAGAGAUGAAGCUACCGUAAUCCAGCAGCAGUCAAGAAAGCCCAGUGAAACUGCAUUGAAGAACCCUCGAGAGAUUUGUGGGGCAACAGAUAUAAUCCCGGAGGGUGAAAAGACAAUUCUAAUCAUCCCAGACACCCCGCUUUCUGAUAAGCCUUCAUCUUCGAGGUCAUCAAAGAAAUCAUCAAUUCAUUCUUUGCCAGAUACCCUGGAGAAAGGUGUCAGCCAGAAGCCCUUGGAGGUGAACCAUUUGGAUGAUCAUUCUGAAUUACCUGUAUUUGAAGGCCAGCAGCAUAUAAUACGCUCAUUCUCAGUCCCUGCAAAUGUUAAAAGUAGAAGCUUAAGGAGGACAGAUUCUACUCGAAGUUUGAUCCGUGUAAUAUCCUCGUGUGCUAGGUUGAACACUGAUAGUGAGGCAUCACCAGAUAAACUACAAGAGACAAAAAAUGGAGGCACUGAUGAUACUGGAGAAGAUAUUCCAGAGGAAGAAGCAAUUUGCAGAAUUUGUUUCGAUGAACUCGGGGAAGGAGGUGAAACAUUUAAAAUGGAGUGCAGCUGCAAAGGAGCUCUUGCACUUGCUCACAAGAAUUGUACAUUGAAGUGGUUCAGUAUUAAGGGUAACAAGACUUGUGAUGUUUGCAAGGUCGAAGUUCGAAAUCUCCCCGUGACAUUGCUGAGGAUACAAAGUACAUCAACUAAUGUAAGACGCCUAGCAGAUGGACCACUGCAACAGCAGGAUGUCUAUAGCUACAGGGUCUGGAAGGAUGUACCUAUUCUUUUUUUGAUCAGCAUGCUCGCAUACUUUUGCUUUUUGGAGCAACUUCUGGUGUCUGACAUGGGAGCGGCUCGAGCUCUUGUCUUAUCUUUACCCUUAGCUUGUGGUUUAGCUCUUCUUUCAUCUAUGAUAGCUUCUACAAUGGGUAUGAGUUUUCAGUCCAUUUCCAGUGCCCUUAGUUAUAUUAUGGCAUUGUGGUAAUCCAUGUUAGUUGAAAAGGGGAAUGGAAUUGAAGCACUAAAAGCCCUGUCACGUGUCGGAGCCGGUUACUGUUGACGGGCUCCAAACAACACAUGGACCGUAGUCUAUUUUUAUCGGGUGGGGCAGAUAUUUAGACCUAUGACCUUUGGCAUGGGAUUGACUCUGAUACCGAAUUGAUAUGCUCUAUCUCAACUAAAAGCAUAUGCUGAUAGUUGGAUUGUACAUUUAUGUUUAUAUAUUAUAUAUAUGUUC